UCUUUUACAGAUAUCAAAACAUUACAGAUCGACGGAGAGGAAAAGUUCAUAAAAAAAAUUCAUUUCAAUGACGAAUAUAAUGAAGUCCGACGCGUUGGAGAUUAGCUUUGAGUACUUAAUAUUGAUAGGUGGCUUUGGUGCUAUGAUAGUGGUCAUUUUAUUAAUAUUUGCCAAACGACAAAUAAUGAGGUUUGCACUGAAGUCCAGCAGAGGACCACACACUGCCAUUGGGAAGGGAUUAUCCAAAGAGCAACAGAACACAGUAGAGCGUAAAAUACAACGAAUUGUUAGCAUAAAGCAUGAACCAAACCUGCUACAAAAAGAUGAUUACAGAAUUGAUAAGUAUAUUGGAGGUGAUAACACUGCAGACGAGAAGUGUACCUAUGUCUACCGUAUGAUGGCUGUAGACCGGUUUAAGCAAUUUGAUAAGGAAAUGGAAGAACUGCAUCCAGGCCUAGCUAGGGGACCUUGUGAAGAAGUUCGCAGGUACCUGGAAGGACUAUCAAAAGAGGUUUUAAAGGGUGCAGGAUCAUCUCUGAUAUCAGCAUUUGCCGAUUCAUAUGAACAUGCUAGGUUUGGUUAUAAGCCAUUUGGGGAAAAGGAAUACAGUGACUAUAUUGCCAUGUUCAACGAAUUGAUAAAAUGCCUUAAAGACAAGACUUACCGAGCGAAGAAAGCCAAAGAGACUGUGAAGCGACAUAGUGUUGGAAGUGCUCGCUCCUUAUACUCAAGUUCAGAAACAACAAGCAAACAUGGACGGUUAAAGAAACAGUCUUCAAUCACUGAGGAAGCUAUCAAAUAUGAGGCAACAGUACGCAAACGAAUUGGCUCCGACCACAGUAGUGACACGGACAAAACUCGUACUAGAGUUUCACAAACAUCUUUACACAAAAGUGACGAGCUUCAACCACUUGUCAGUGUGAAGACUCGGAAAGGCUCACAAACCUCACAAACAUAUAAUGAAGAGAGUAGUUUAUAAUGAUUAGAAUUAUUAAAGAAUGUUUUUUACAUUUGAUAGUUUAAGUAUAUUGUAUAUACGUUAUAUUUAUUUGGUAUUUAUAUAGUGCCUCUCCUUUAGGUUAAGAAGCACUGUUUUCCCUCGUCAUUGAGUCCAGUAUACAUGCUCAAGUGUUGCAGCCAUAUUUGUGCAGUAGCAGGCAGCCCCACUAGGUACAGUACCCAUUUAUACUCCUUGGUGGAGAGAAGCAACACAGAUAAAGUGCCUUGCUCAAGGACACAAGCGAAGUGCACAGCCCAGGAUUGAAACCCCGACCUCAAGAAACCAAACCGUUUCUGCUGCGCCAAACUGCUUCCAUGGGCAUAGGGUGGGGGGAUGGAGGGCUGCUGACUCAACUUCUAACCCCUCCCACUGCGGCAAAUAGAGAAAUUUCAUAAUCUUAUGAAUAUAUGAUAGGUACAAUAAUCGACUAUGAACAUCUUUAGUGUUCUUUUUUCUAAAGAAUAUCGUUUGAAAAUUUGUGUGUAGGAAAAUGAAAAAAGUAUUUUAUGAACAUAAGAUUCAGGUUUAAAAGUGGUGACAGACGGAGAAUCAUAUACAGAGGUAAACCAGAAGGAAACAGAAUGUAAAUGCCCUUUCUCCUUCCAAAAACUUGGAGCCUAGGCAAGAUCAACAAAAGUGUGCACACUCAAUUUGUGUAUCAGAUGUGAAGUAUGGAAUGAUUAUGUUGACAUAAUGAUUUUCAUUACCAUAAGGUUCCAAAAGCUUCCUAUUUAUCUAAACACACCUAUUCCCAUACAUCAUUUUUUGAGAUGCAACAUAUUGUGUCAGUAUUAUUAUAUAAUAUUGUAUUUACAGCAUAUAAAUAUUUAUUUAAUGUGAAAUAUGAUUAAUAAGUUAUGAAG